AUGACGGGGAGCAGGGAGGAGGAGAGGAGGAAACUGGCCGACAUCAUCAACCACUGGAACGCCAACCGGCUCGACCUGUUCGAGAUCAGCCGGCCCACGGAGGUAGGAGACCGGCCCGGGGCGGCCAGGGAAGGCCGCGGACCCGCCGGGGCCUCCGCCCGGGGGGGGGAAACAACACCGGGGAAUCCGCUGGUUCAUACCCGGGUUGGAAAUGUUUGA